AUGCGAUGUGCUGCCGAAGAAAGAAAGACGGUUGCACGCAUGCAUGAAGCCGAAGAGAGUUCUUCUCUUGCUUCAGCAGCAGAUGAUCCUUCGCCUGCUGUUGCAUUUCAGCAACAGGCGGUGCCUGUUGUAAACAGUCAACGAGAGAUCAUCUAUUCUGGCGAGUCGGAUGAUGUAUCCGACUCGAAGGCGACACCUCACGCCUCCAGGUCACCCGGGGCGGACACUGCACGAGUCAGGUUGACUGGUUCUGGUCAACGUGGCGGCAUCAUGCUCGAGAUAUUCAGACCGAGCGAUUGUUCCGACGAAUCCUCGUCUCACGCAAGUCCAUCCGAAGAUUGGAAGCGUGGUGAUGAUGGUGAUGCACCUAUGCAUCACCGCGAAAGAAGCAACUCGAGGGUUGAGCUGUCACUGGUGUCAGUGCUCCCUGGACCGAAACGUCCUGCGCCACGCUCCUCAAGUAGAGAAGAUUUACCCACCCGAUUCCGCACGGAAACUAUCCGUGCUGAGGAAGAGUUCUUCACCGAUGCGUUUUUCAAGCAUCGGUGGUACAACGGCAGCCGUGUUCGAGACGGUAAAGCCUUGGUGCAAGGAUGGGAUGCCCUCAUCCGUAACAUCGAGUGCAUUGGCCGUGAGGCCUGGCUCGCCAAACUUGAUGCAGCUCGCAUCAGGUUUGAGAAACGCAACCCAGUCGGGGUGCGAUACAAGUUGAACCGACUUUCAAGAGAGGCAGGCUUUAUCUGUCUCUCGUGGGGUGAUUCGUGUCCAGGUUGCCUGGACAACUCGAAUCGUGCCCCUAGGGAGGCCUUACUCCCUAAUGAUCCCUACGGGAGGGCGCGCAUCUCUUCCGAGAUGGCCGAAGGGAUUGACACUUUGCAACCCCUGUACUCGCGUUCGGGGAGGUCAUUUUCCGACGGCCUUUCUUCAAACGUAGCGGUGGGUCUCGUCGUACUGCUCGACGAGACCCAGGACAUCAACAAUCAGCUGGGCACGAGGCUCCAGGCUAUCCCACGCCGGUGGAUAGCCACGCCAGCGGACUAG